AACAGUCCAGUUCUGUGAAUCUGUACUUAACCUAAAAAGUAUUAAAUAAUUGAUUUGGAAGAAGAUAUUUUCUUGGAAUUAACAGGAAAAUUUAACGUUACUCAGUAAUCGAAGGGUUUCAUCCUUGGUAUUAGAAACAGUUUCAGUUUAUAAUAAAAAAUGGUCCAAGCAGCGCUCUCUUGUCUCAAUCAGAUUUCUUCUUAUCUGAAAGUGCAACAAGGCAAAAUCAACAUUAAUGGGGAUUCUAUUAUAACUCGAACGAAAGAUAAGAAUGUGCAAAGUGGGUUUGUCAACAUAAUUAUGGAUCUUGUGAACGAAUCCAAAAUAAAGAAUAACAUUACAACUCAGAUUGAGAAGGUUCAACUCUGGCAAUGGCUCGAGUAUUGCAUAUCUUAUGCAGUGCAUCUGAAUUCGCAUCAAAAUAACCAGCACAUACUGAAUGAGCUCAAUGGAGUACUGAAAUUCAAAACAUAUUUAAUUGCUCAUAAAUUGACUAUUGCAGAUGUGGCAUUAUAUUACAUUCUGUAUAAUGUGAUGCUAAACUUAACACCUGUUGAGAAGGAAACAUAUUUGAAUGUUUCAAGAUGGUUUGAUAACCUUCAGCAAAAUAGUGCUAUAAGGCAGUCGAACAAACUUUUGAAUUUUACUUCAAAUUAUGUAAUUCACAGAGCACCAUCUCGCCAUUUAUGAAAUUAAAGACAGCAGUUUUA